GUUGAUGAGGGAGAGAGAGAUGGCGAAGAUGUUGAUGACGAAGGUGAUGAUGAUUUUGAUGUUAGCAUCGAUGAUCGCAGCAAAAGAGCAGCUCAGCACUAAAGAAUGUGAGGAUCUAGGGUUUACCGGUCUUGCUCUCUGCUCCGAUUGUCACUCACUCUCUGAAUACGUUAAGGACCAAGAGUUGGUAUCUGAUUGCUUGAAAUGUUGUGCUGAUGAUUCUGAGGAUUCCAUGAGCAAGGUUUCCUAUUCCGGCGCUAUAUUAGAGGUGUGUAUGAGAAAGUUGGUUUUCUAUCCUGAAAUUGUUAGUUUUAUUGAAGAAGAGAAAGAAAAGUUCCCUAGCGUCAAAGUUCAGUACAUUUUCAACUCACCACCCAAGUUGAUCAUGCUGGACGAAGAUGGUGAACAUAAGGAAACAAUAAGAAUCGACAACUGGAAACGCGAACAUCUACUGCAGUAUAUGCGAGAGAAGGUCAAGCCUACUGCAGCAAGUUAGUUUUAUUCCCUGUAGGGCUGAAGAAGAUGAUCUUCCCUCUCACAUUUACAUAUGCCAAAGCAUUGUGGUCUAGUAGUUAAAAACACAUUAUGACAGACUUAUCUUAUCUUUCUCCAAGCUAUUUGGUCCCUCAGUAUCAACAGUAUGUAUGUUCUGAACCUUUGCAAUCUCAGUGGAAAUGUAUUUAAUCCAAUGUUCUUAUGAAAGGAUAAUCUUAAUUUUGUUGUCA